CCCCAAUCUGUGUUAGGUAUGCAAAUUCUGCCAAGUGCCUUCUCUCGGUUAUCCGCAUUGGGCAUAACCGAUUCCUCGCUUUAUGUAACAUUAAUGACGUCUGGCUGCUUUUGAUACCAAAAGAUCCCUAAAAAACGACACCCGCUCCGCUACAAAGGAUUAAAAGGCCGCGUGUCCGCUAUGUUCCUUGCAAAGGGUUUCCGGUAACUGGUCAUAAAGCUGUUAGCUCGUAGCCUUAGCAUUAGCGUAUGCUAUCAACGAGUUCGCCGGUACAGGCGGACCCUCUUCUUUGUCUGACAGGCGAAGGCGUGCUCUUUGUUAGGGCUUUCCUCCUUUGUCCGUUCGGGAAAAAAGGAACUGUUAGGCCGGCGUUACGUAGCUAUCCGCAUCGCUCAAGUGGUUAGAAAAUGCAAGUCGCGAAAAAAUACUUCACAGAAGGCCUGAUUCAGUUGACCAUCUUGCUGAGUUUGAUUGGAGUUCGUGUGGACAUCGACCGCUACUUAAGCGGAGAGUAUUCGUCUCUCAUUGAAAUCAAUUUGGGUCCGAGCUCAGCCUACACCCAAACUCCGUUCCACAGUCCGAGAGACACUCUCUGGGGACACGCCGUUCACCCGAAAUGCCCCGAGUUGGAGGAUUUCUUCGCCAGUCGCCGGCUGCUCGACGAGGUUAGGACACUCGGUUCCCCGCGUUUCCCCACAGAGUUGAACGCAUGGCUGGUGCACCAAGUGUCGGCCAUUGACAAGUCUGACGGUGGGCAGCCUUCGACGAGCACAGACGCCGACGCGGACCCUGAAAGCUCGGAGGAUGACGCCCAACACCUGCACGACGGCGACCAGGAGCCGCAGCCGUCAGCUCCCCCAACGGGGCCCUGCGUGACCGGUGUCAACAGGGUUAUAAAACAGGAGGAUGUUGACGUGAAGGAGGAGGAGGAAUCUGCUCCCGUCACUCAACUGGCGCUCAGUUCCACUCUGGAACAAGAGAGCGUGUUGGAAGGCAUCACUUCACUGUCAGAGCCCCCCCAACAACCCCCUCCUGCAAGUGAUUUUGACCAGCAUUGGAGCCGCUUCCUGUCCAUGCCUGUCGCCGACCUCGAAGACUUGGACUCCCUUGUCACCGAGCGCCUGUCAGACUUCGACCCAGACGUGAACAGCGGCAUCAGUCUGGAUGCCACUUUGCUGGACGCCAUGGUUACCAGCGGCGGAGCUUUUGAUGGCAGGCAGCAGAGAUCCUUAUUCAGGCAGGAGUCCACCGGCUCCACACUCUCUGAUGCCUCACCGGGGAUGGCUCUGGGUCUGGCGGCGCUCCCAUUCGCGUCGGUGUGCAGCUUGUCUGGCGGCGGGUCGUCGCGGAACUCUCCAAGCGACUGCCUAGAUGAGGCCAUCUUUGAGCAGAUCAACCAGCUGGGCCUGGAGAGCCUGGACACCAUUGACUCCCGGCUGAUGGGCGCCUCGGCCGUCUUAGAACCGCAGGCCCUUGAGGAUUUGGACUCGGACUCUGGUCUCUCUUUGGAGAGCAGCUCUGGAGGUCCAGUCUCCCCAGGCUCAUCGGAGAUGUCGUCGUCAUCGUCAUCGAGUUCGUUCUGCGAAGACGAGUGCGGAGCCACGGGCUACAGCAGCGAGGCGGACUGGUUGCCGUCUAAAGGCUUGCCGGACCUGAGCGAGAGUGUGUGGCACGACCACAGCUACUCGUCUCCCGCCUUCUUCAACCCGCCGCCGCUCACCCUCGCCCACAAAGGCAUCAAGGAGGAGCCUCUGAGCGACGACGAAGGGCCAGGUCAGGAGGAGCGCGAGCUGAGUCGGGAUGAAGUGCGUGCCCGCGCCAUGUGCAUCCCCUUCUCCGUGCUGCAGAUCGUCAACAUGCCGGUGGAGGAGUUCCUGGAGCUCGUUGAGGGCCACGGCUUCACCGCCGAGCAGGUGACCCUCCUCCGGGACAUUCGCCGGCGCGGCAAGAACAAGCUGGCGGCGCAGAACUGCCGCAAGCGCAAACUGGACGCCAUCACGGGGCUCCAAGAAGAGGUGGAGCGGCUCCGGGCUCAAAGGGACCGGCUGCUGAGGGAGAAACAGAUCACGGCCAAGACCAUGGGCGCCGUGGGCCAGCAGAUUCGCCAGCUCACUAGAGACGUGCUGGCUCGGCUCAGAGACGAUUCGGGACGAGCCUUGGACCCGGAGACGUUCACCCUGCGGUGCGGGGCCAACGGGAGGGUCCUGGUUCAGCCCGUGAGGAGGCCAGCCGUCUCGGCGGCCAGCGGCAGUAAGACGGACAAGAGGAAAAAGGGCAAGAAGCAGUGAGGCUGCUUUUCUUUUUCUCAAGGUGGACUUUCUUGGCUGUGGAAUAUCCUCUUACAAAAGUGUGUGUGCGUGUGAGUGUGUGUGUGUUGAACCACUGCUGUUGCAAGUCGAAAACAGCUAACGCUGCCAAAAACAAAAGAACGCGACAAAAAGAGCAAACGAAAAAAGUGGAUAAAAAUCUGAGAAAUGUAGCUUACACACUGGAAGGACACUCUUGGCUUCUUUGAGGUGGACACUCUUUACUGGACUUUAGGACCUACACCUGCCUGUAAACUAUCCCAGCAUUCAUCACAAAUGUACCAGGUGUGUUCAGGCAGUAAAAAGAUUGCUGGUCCGCUGGUUAAAAGCUCUAUUUAUUAUUUCCACUUCCUGAAAUGCAUCAAAACUGUCACAUGACGGUGUAUUAUUUUUACUUCUAUAGUAGCAACGUUAUCCUGCAGCGAUAAACGAGAUUAUACACAGAAUAAGUUUACAGAUUGCUUCCAAACAAGGUGAAAAAUGAAUAGAUUAUGUCUCGAUGACAUAUACUAUAGACCAGGAGUGUCCAAACUAAGGCCCGCGGGUCGGCAUCUUCAAUUUGGACUGCAAGAUGGCGAGGACAUGAGUUCAAUAAGCAAAUGUAGUCGUAUCAUAUACAAGCGGACAGAUAUCAGCUAUUGUCACCAUCUGGUGGCCACUCAAAGUAAAUCAACCAUUAAUUGAACCUACCAGGAAAUACUGCUCAACAUUUACUCUUAUGACCCAAUCCGAACAAUCUUCCUUAGUCAUGGUGCACAAUAAUUCAACACAAAUAGUCACAUGGCUACUGUGUCACUAUCUGGUGGCCAAUGCAAGUAACUCAAUCAUUAAUUCAACCUAUGAGGAUGCACUGCACACAUUUACUUAUUAAAUCCAGUCCGAACAACCUUCCCUAGUCAUGGUGCACAAAAAUUCAACACAAAUGUUUACACAGCCAUUAUGUCACCAUCGGGUGGUCAAUGCAAGUAACUCAACCAUUAGUUCAACUUACAUGGAAAAACUGCACACAUUUACUUAUAUGACCCAAUCUGAACAACGUUCCCUAGUCAUGGUGCACAAAAAUUCAACAGAGGUAUUCACACAGCCAUUGUGUCACUAUUGGGUGGCCAAUGCUAGUAACUCCACCAUUAAUUCAACCUACAAGGAACGACUGCACACAUUAUUUUAUGACCCAAUCCAAACAACCUUCCCUAGUCAUCGUGCUCAAAGAUUCAACACAAAUGUUCACACAGCUAUUGUGUCGCCAUCUGGCGGCCUAUGCAAGUAACUCAACCAAUAAUUCAACCUACAAGGAAAUACUGCACACAUUUAUUUAAAUGACCCAAUCUGAACAACCUACCCUAGUCAUGGUGCACAAAAAUUCCACACAAAUGUUCACACAGCCAUUGUGUCACCAUCAGGUGGCCAAUGCUAGUAACUAAACCAUUAAAUCAACCUACAAGGAACUACUGCACAACAUCUACUUAUAUGACCCAAUCUGAACAAUCUUCCUAAGUCCUGGUGGACAGAAAUUCAACACAAGUAGUCACACAGCUAUUAUGCCACCAUCUGGUGACCACUGCUAGUAACGCAACCAUUAAUUCAACCUACAAGGUAAUAUGGCACAUAUUCACUUAUAUGACCCAAUCCGAACAACCUUUCCUAGUCAUUGUGCACAAAAAUGCAACACAAAUGGUCACACAUCAGAAAGUAACUCAACCAUUAAUUCAACCUAUAUGGAAAUACUGCACACAUCUACUUAUAUGACCCAAUCCGAACAAAUGGUCACACAUAACACUACAUGCUCAUUGAACUUUGUGGAUAUUGUUUAAAAAAACAUGCCCAAUCACCAUACAAAAAGUAUCAAUCACACUCAUUUAAAUCCAUCACAAGGGAUGAUGGGAAAAAUGCAAAACACGCUACACUUAUACAUGUUUGGCACAUUUUUGCUGCUUGAUAUUUUUGAUUGGUUAAACAACUUUAAGGAGGUAGUAGUAGUUGAAAUUUCACAUACACUUAAUAACCAAUUCUAGCAAUUAUGAAUUAUAUCUACUUUAUAUUAUUGUAUAUAUAUAUAUAUAUAUAUAUAUAUACACACACUAUAUUGCCAGAAGUAUUUGGCCACCUGCCUUGACUCCCACAUGAACUAACCCAUAGGGUUUAAUAUGAUGUCGGUCCACCUUUUGCAGCUAUCACAGCUUCAAUUUGUCUGGGAAGGCUGUCCACAAGGUUGCAGAGUGUGUUCAUAGGAAAUUUCGACCAUUCUUCCAAAAACGCAUUUGUGAGGUCACACUGAUGUUGGUGGAGAAGGCCUAGCUCUCAGUCUCCGUUUCGAAUUCAUCCCAAAAGUGUUCUAUCGGUUCAGGUCAGGACUCUGUGCAGGCCAGUCAAGUUCAUCCACACCAGACUCUGUCACCCAUGUCUUUAUGGACCUUGCUUUGUGCACUGGUGCACAGUCAUGUCUGAAGAGGAAGGGGCCCGCUCCAAACUCUUCCCACAACGUUGGGAGCAUGGAAUUGUUUAAAAUGUUUUGAUAUCCUGGAGCAUUCAAUGUUCUAAGAGGCCAAGCCCAAUUCCUGGAAAACAACCCCACACCAUAAUUCCUCCUCCACCAAAUUUGGCACUCGGCACUAUACAGUCCGAAAUGCACCGUUCUCCUGGCAACCUCCAAACCCAGAGUGGUCCAUCAGAUUGGCAGAUGGAAAAGCGCGAUUCAUCAUAACUGUGGCCGGACCAAGUGAUUGGGACGUCUGAUUCUGAUCAUUUGGAUGGGUGGCCAAAUACUUUGGUAGUAUAGUGUAAAAUAGGAGUUACUUAGCAUACCCCCCCAGUCAAAAGGUUUGGACAUCCCUGCACUGUACCAAUAAUGAAACUAACCAGUUAUGUACGCUGGAUGUUUUAUUAAAAACGCUCUACAGUUAAGCAAAGGUUAUUUUCUACCUCACGCUUGAAAUCAUUUUAAAACUUUUUUUUUUUUUCAUUUGAAAAAAGUUGAGGGAAAAAAAUCCCUAUUUCAGGGGGAUUGAAGUGCACUCUUAAGUAGAACUCCUUGGCGGAAUGUCCACCUAAAAAAAAUAAAGUAAUACAAUCAUCUUUUUUCUGAAUGUUUGGAAGCACCGUCGAGGUUGCUGUGCUUUUUUUGCCUUCUGCUCUAUGAAGUCUUCGAGGUGAGGAAACUCGGUUCAGAGACUUGCACAAAGUAGUUUCAUGAAGUAGUUUCUUUUCUAUUUUUUUAUUUAUCUGGUGUGACUGACUUUGCUUUUUAUAUAUAUAUAUAUAUAUAUAUAUAUAUAUAUAUAUAUAUAUAUAUAUAUAUAUACAUAUGUGUGUUGUUUUCUUUUGCUGCUGGGCAAAUGUCGAUUGCAUGAUGUUGUAUGUUGAUAGUCUGCUCUCUGCUUGGGACUUGUAGAUGUUUUCUGACAUGAAUCUUUCUGAUUAAAAAAAAAAAAACUA